CUCCUGUCCCCCAUCCCGUUUCUGUCCCCCUCCUGUCCCCCUCCUAUUCCCCUCCAUCUGUGGUAGGGCACUAGUGGAGGAGACUGCGAAAGAGCCUUAGUGAGUGAACAGGGCAGAGGUGACCAGACCAGCACCCCAAGAUCAACCUCACCCCCUGCCUGAGCCCCAAGGUCCACCCUAGACCCCCCAUGAAGUGCUCCCUCCCACGAGGUGCCUCAGAGGGCCCUGCCCUGGGCGGUCCCUGUAAGCUUAUGCCAGGGUAGGCGAUGUGUCUUAGGGUCUAGGGAGAAUGCCCCCUAGACCCCCCCUCUAGGGGAGGGGCCCCAUACCCACACCCAGGCAGUAUCUGGGGAGGCUGGGUCUCCCUCCUGCGUAGUUCUGGCCCAACCCCUCAUGGCUGAGGAAGGGCUGAGGCCCGAAGGAGGGAAGUUACUUCACCUGGAAGUGGUAGUCUCAGGGUUGAGGCUAGGACCCAGGCGUGGGGACCUGGAUGCAGCCGUGUCCUGGGUACACCUUGCUGCCCCCGGGCCGCCUCAGGUGAGCUCAGGUGCACAGGGGCAGGCUGCGUGGGCUGGGGGCCCCGCCCUGACCCCCUCCCCUGAGGCGGGCUCCUCUGGGCGGCUUGGGGCAGAGCAGGCGGGCAGAGCGGGCAGAGCGGGGAAGCCCCCGGCUGGCGCACGCCUGUCGCCUGCCGUCGGAGGGCCCAGCAAGGCCACAAGAGCCAUGGAGUUGCGGCUGGGGGGCUACACGGCAGCGGCCGCUGCGGUCCUGCUCCUUGUGCUGCCGGGCGCCCAGGGCCAGCACAGCACUCCCAGUCCUAAGUGUGACUGUGCCUACAAUUUCCAGAAGAGGAACGGUCUGUUCUGUUGCAAGGGCUGUCCAGCAGGGCACUACCUGAAGGCCCCCUGCCCAAAGCCUUGCGGAACUGCCACCUGCCUUCCGUGCCCCCGGGGCACCUUCCUGGCCAGGGAGAACCAUCAUGAGACCCGCUGUACUCGCUGCCAGGCCUGUGAUGAGGAGGUCUCCCAAGUGGCCCUGACGAACUGCUCAACGGUGGCGGACACCCACUGUGGCUGUGAGCCAGGCUGGUUCCCAGAGUGCUUGGUCAAGUCCUGCAAGAUCGGCUCGCCCUUCCGCUGCCACCCAUGCUCAGACUGCAGGGCCCUGCACCGCCACACACGGGUGCCCUGUUCUGCCAGAGAUACCGACUGUGGGAACUGCCUGCCUGGCUUCUAUGAAUAUGGCAACAGCUGCGUGCCCUGCCCCACGAGCACCCUCCGGAGCUGUCCUGAGCCCUGUGUGACUAUCUGUGGCUGGAGGCAGACUGUUCUCUCAGUGUUCUGGGUCCAGGUGGUCCUGGCUGGCCUGGUGGUCCCACUCCUGCUUGGUGCUGUGCUGACCUACACUUACCAUCGCUGCCAGACUUGCAAGCCCAAGGUUGCUAAUGAAGCUGGGACGGAGGCCCUGACUCCCCGACAGGCCACCCACCUCUCACCCAAGGACAGCACCCACACCCUUCUAGCGCCACUCAGCAAUAGUGAGAAGGUCCACACCGUCCAGUUGGUAGGCAGCGGCUGGACCCCUGGCUCCCCCCAGACCCAGGAGGUGCCCUGCCCGGAGGUGGCAUGGUCCUGGGACCGGCGGCACAGCAGAGCUCUUGGCCCGCCGCCGCCACUUUCGCCAGCGCCCCCUGCAGGCUCGGCGGCCGCCACGCUCCAGCCCGGCCCGCAGCUCUACGACGUGAUGGACGCGGUGCCGGCGCGGCGCUGGAAGGAAUUCGUGCGCACCCUGGGGCUGCGCGAGGCGGAGAUCGAGGCCGUGGAGGUGGAGGUCGGCCGCUUCCGCGACCAGCAGUACGAGAUGCUCAAGCGCUGGCGUCAGCAGCAGCCCGCGGGCCUGGGCGCCGUCUACGCGGCGCUGGAGCGCAUGGGGCUGGACGGCUGCGCCGAGGACCUGCGCAGCCGCCUGCAGCGCGGCCCGUGAC